AGGGCGUGGACUCAGCUGUAGGAGCAAAGAGUGCUCCCUCCUUCCUUUGGAGCCUGCCACAACGAGAAGAAUGGUGUACCGUGUGCGGACAGAGCCCCGUCUUCCCUGUCUCUGAAAGGCCUUGCUGAGCAAGCGGCAGCCUUACCUUCAGCUCCCCCAGCCGCGUCUGAGGAAAGGGAGGUCCGGCAGGAAGCCUGCUUGGGGAAGCCAGAAGGAACGCAGCGUGUCCCGACUUGCUGCUGGGGUUUGCUGGGACUUACUUGGAGGAGAAUUUUGAGAGGUGUCACUGGCACCCAUCUGUCUUACUGUGCACUUCCUCUGCUUGGCCUUGAGCUGCCGUUAAAGUAGGAAGUCUAAAGCAAAGCCUAACGGGAAGAAGCCUGCAGCAGAGGAGAAGAAGAUGUACCUGGAGCCUGAGUACACCAAGUCCAGGAUCACAGACUUCGAAUUCAAGGAGCUGGUGGUGCUGCCCCGGGAGAUCGACCUCAACGAAUGGCUGGCCAGCAACACCACGACAUUUUUCCACCAUGUCAACCUGCAGUAUAGCACCAUCUCGGAAUUCUGCACAGGAGAGGCGUGCCAGACGAUGGCCGUGUGCAACACACAGUACUACUGGCACGACGAGCGGGGCAAGAAGGUCAAGUGCACCGCCCCGCAGUACGUCGACUUUGUCAUGAGCUCUGUGCAGAAGCUGGUGACUGAUGAGGACGUGUUCCCCACGAAAUAUGGCAGAGAAUUCCCCAGCUCCUUCGAGUCUCUGGUGAAGAAGAUCUGCAAGUACCUGUUCCACGUGCUGGCACACAUCUACUCGUCCCACUUCAAGGAGACCCUGGCCCUCGAGCUGCACGGACACUUGAAUACACUCUAUGUCCACUUCAUCCUCUUUGCCAGGGAGUUCAACCUGCUUGACCCCAAAGAGACCGCCGUCAUGGACGACCUCACAGAGGUGCUGUGCAGCAGCGGGGGCCGCGGCGGGGGCAGCGGGGAUGGGGCUGGCAGUGGGGGCAUGGGGGCACAGAACCACGUGAAGGAGAGGUGAGCCCCCGGCCAGCAGGCGUGCACGUGUGCAGAGAGACGGUGAUACGGGUGCUGCGCGUGUCUGCGUGUGCGCACACGUGCUGGCACGCUCGGCUGGAGGUCGGAGGUGAUGCUGGCCGCGGGCCAGCUGCACAGAGGGGGGCCCCCCAGAAGCCGGCGGGCACAGCACGUCUGACUCCCCGCCGUGGUUUCCUGUUGGAUGGAUAAGUGCCGCUUAUCACGAAGAACCCUUGGACUUCCUUCACUCGCUCAACAAAUGUUCAUGGGACUGACGAUCUGCGUUUCCUCCUGUGGGGUUCCUUCCUUUGGUCUUCCAUGCGGCCCGGCCCCACCUCCCCCCGGGGCUCUGCUGUUUGAGAGAAAUCCACCAGGAGGACGGGCUUCCCCAGGAGGCUUGACGUCUGGUUCCACUUGGUUUGGUUUUGUUUUCAGGGGUGGGGUUAUUUUUAGAGAUUCCUCCCCGGGUCCCCCCACCUCUCUCCUAGCGUAGCCUGGAUCUUGGCUUUCAGGAGCUCAGAGAGGGUGGAGAAGGGGAGGCUGGGGGUGCCUGGAGGGGCCCCGAGCCUGUGGCCGUGUCCCCCUCCUCAUGCCCCCGCAGCCCAGGAGGGAGCCUCUGGAAGCUGGGCUCAGGACCGAGGUGCCUGGGGCGGGAGGCCUGUGCAGAGACGCAGCUGUCAGCAGAAGGCAGCAUCGCUCUCUCGGCCCACCUGUUCAGCGGUAAUAAAAAGAAUUCUCUCAGGUCA